UGGCGCGAAGUGUGGAGAGAAAAUGAGCACCUGCAAAACCCUAAUCCGAUUAUCUCUUCCUUUCAGUACUCGAUCCUUCUCUCUUCUCUCUCUCCGACCUUCCAAUUACUCUCCCCUCAACUUCAUUCCCAGUCCGUUCGGUGUCCGUGCCAGAAAUUAUGCUUCAAUUGGGGCAGCGUCGAUUCCACUGGAAAGUACCGGAAUCGUUGAGGACUCGCCAGAGAACGCAACUACUGACCUUGUUGAACAACUCCUCGCCAAUCGAGAUGACGUGACCGGGCUCAUGAAAAUGGAGAGAAGGUGCUCCUUUACUGAUGACAGUGAAGAAAAGGCGGAGGAUUUGUCGAUGAAGAGGCGAUGGUUUCCUUACCUUGACAGAUUAAGGUCCGGGAGCUAUUUUUUGACUAGUAGUGAGGUGCUGGAGGCAGUGGAGCCUCUAAUAAUGGAUGUGAGGAAGGAGCGGUUUAGGAGCGUGGUGAAGAACCGCACGUACUCCGUGUGCUUAGUCGUGGAGGGGCUGGCCGAUUUUGGGAACGUUUCCGCUGUGUUUCGGUCUGCGGAUGCACUUGGGUUCCAGUCUGUUCACGUGGUAUCUUGUGAUAGCUCGAAAAGGUACAGAGACAAUCGCCAUGUUAGCAUGGGAGCAGAGAAAUGGUUAGACAUUGAGCUUUGGGAUUCCACCAAAGAGUGCUUUGAAACUUUGAAAUCUCGUGGUUAUAGAAUUGCCACAACGCAUCUGGGAAUGGAUGCGGUAUCUGUUUAUGAAAUGGACUGGUCAUGCCCAACUGCGAUAGUAGUUGGAAAUGAAAAUAGGGGGAUAAGUGACGAGGCCCUGAAACUUUCGGAUCUACACUGCAGUAUUCCGAUGAAAGGCAUGGUCGACUCUUUUAAUGUUUCAGUUGCUGCAGGGAUCCUCAUGCACCAUGCUGUUUGUGACAGAACUUCUCGCCUGGGUUGUCAUGGUGAUCUGACUUCAGAAGAAAGGCAAAUCCUGCUUGCAGAGUUCUCGCUGCGGCACAGCAAGAGUGCAAUAAGCGUUGCACAUGAUUAUGCAAAGCGCAAGGCAGCAGUGUCUGCGCCAGCACAUUUUUCUAGAGAUCAUAUAUUUGAUGUGUGAUCAUCCUGUAAUAGGAUGUUUACCUCAGUUGGCAUAUUAUCUGAACUUCCUUCCCAUUUUAAUCAAAAGCUUUUGUUAACUUUUUGUUUGUGUAACAACGGAUCUUUUGGAAGCUCAUCUAUUUUAUUAACCCAUCCAUAGAACCACUCGAGAAAAUUAUAUAGAAGGAAAAGAAGAUGAUUUUCUCCU